CAGUGGCUUUAUUAUCUACACAAUUAUUUCACCAUAAUAUUCAUUUUAAAAAUGCAUUUUGGGGAUGCUCUUGAAGGAAUAUAGGCGAGAGUUCGCAGCGCACUCGAUAACAUAAUUGUUACAGUACAAUUCAAACAUGACAACGAGCAAAGAAGGGACAUUUCCCUUUUGCAUAAGGCCAAACCUGUAAAUUCCGAGAAUAAGCUGACAAUGGGUUCUUGGAAAGCUAUAUAAACAAGUGUUUGCGCAUUUGGAUACACAGCAAGCUCAGCUUCUGGUGUAGAAGGCAGAUCAAACACGAGGAAGGUAAGCUGAAAACAGGAACGAUGUCAUUGGAAAAAGAAAUCGAAGGCAGUAAGGUAGCAGACGUAGAAAAUGAUGAAGAGGUGGACCUGGUACAUCCGUCAAAACAAAGCAAUAGCAAUGACAGUAAAGCCACACCAAAUGAAAGCAAAAGUAAGCGAUGGGCCUUUCGUAACAAAAUGCGGUAUGACAACAAGCACGUUUUAAUGAGAUUCGGCGGCGGAGGGAACAAAGCCGAGCCUAAAGGAGUGUACAUGACGGUGACAAGCGAUGUCCCUUGCCUGAAGGUGCCCAACAAAGAAAAUACUAACAAAUUUGCCAAGUCCGUGAAAAAAUCUUUUACCCCCAAGAAUGUGAAACAGAACAUAAAAGAACAGAUGAAUUCCAAGACCCCUAAAAUGCAAGUAGCUAGUGUGAGCGUCAGCACGUCCGCGGCACUCAAAAUGAUUGAUACAUUUGAUCGACCGGGGGACUCUGAGGCGAACAAGACGUUCAGUAGGUCCGACAAGUAUGCCUGGUGCGAGGAUAAGCAUGGAAGGCGAAUACCCAAGGCCGGUGCAUUCGCCGAGGCUGGAGUAGGCGAGGCAAAGGCAGAGUACAGUAUCUUCGAGGCAGCUGCGAGAGGUCCUAACGCUGGCGCAAGCGCGGAAGCAAGUGUCUUAGGGGUCAAAGCUAUGGCGACGGCUGGUAUCGGCACAGCGUCCGCUCAGGCAGGUCCUAUUGGAGUAAAAGUCGGCUUGGCCCUUGAUACAGGUGUUGGGUUAGGGGUCGAUGGAUUCGAAGCCAAGUUUCUCGGGAUAGGCUUUAGUGUUGGUCCUAAAACAAGCAUAUCGUUGCUUGGCAACGAGGUCUCGUGCUGCAUCCAGUGAGAAU